UAUUUUACUUUUACACUCUAUUUUUAAUACAAAAAGAAAAAUAUAUAAAGAAUAUAAUCAAAAGUAGCGCAACAAUAUUUAUAGUAAAAACACAAAAGCUCCCAAUUUUACAAACUCAUAUUACCUCCAGACAAAACCUCUUAUUAUCCAAUCAUCAGAAUCAAAACCAAACUACUCCUUUAUUUCAUGGCAUCCCAAUCACACCAGAACCAGGUACCUAACGUAAACGUAUCUGAAAUCGAAGAAGAGCAACCACAAGCACAAGCACAAGAGCUAAAGUACCUUGGGUUCGUGCACGCUGCAAGCACACAAGCCCUAAUGCGGUGGUCCGCUGCCUACAACUAUGCCAAGGACAGCUCUGGCUCCUUGAAGCCCGGCGUUCAGACGGUGGAAGAGUGCAUGAAGAACGUCAUAGAACCCAUCUAUAACAAUUACCACCUUGUCCCCAACGAGAUCCUCCGCUAUGCCGAUAAGAAGGUUGAUGCCUCUGUGGCUGCCAUGCAGGUUGCUCCCGCUGCCGCGAGAGACACCAUUACUGACGCCAUGAAAAACGUUUAUACCAAGUAUGAGCCGUCCGCAAAGGAGCUGUAUGAGAGGUACGAGCCAGUGGCAGAGCAAUAUGCAGCCUCGGCCUGGCAAAGGCUGAACUCGCUGCCGCUGUUCCCACGCUUGGUGGGCACAAUGCUGCCAACGGCAGCAUACUGCACGGCGAAGUACAACGAGGCAGUAAUGGCCGCCGUGGAGGAUAGGUAUAGGGUUUCUCCGUACCUGCCUUUGGUGCCUACGGAAAAAAUAGCUAGGGUUUUCAGUGGAAAAACCAAAAAGCAAGAAUAAUCAAUCAAGAAUGCUGUGUUGAUAAUUUUGUUGCUGUUUAAUGAUUUUUUUUCUGCGAUUUUGUGGUGAUUUGCGGUGUGGGAUGUGAAUGAAUGAAGUGGCUUCAAUUUGAUGAGCAAAUAGUGAACAUAUAUAAAUCAUUUU